GCCGGCGCGUUUGUCGGCAUCUCCAGCAGGCGAGCUGACGGCUGCCCUCGCGUCGGUUCCCGCGGCCCGGGGGUCAUCAUGGACCAGAAGGAAUUAAUUGAAUACUUUAAGUCUCAGAUGAAAGAAGACCCUGACAUGGCUUCAGCAGUGGCUGCCAUCCAGACUUUACUGGAGUUCCUGAAGAGAGACAAAGGGGAGACAAUCCAGGGCCUGAGAGCGAAUCUCACCAGUGCCAUAGAAACCCUGUGUGGGGUGGACUCCUCGGUGGCAGUGUCCUCUGGUGGGGAGCUCUUCCUUCGCUUCAUCAGCCUUACCUCCCUGGAGUACUCUGAUUAUUCCAAAUGUAAAAAGAUCAUGAUUGAACGGGGAGAGCUUUUUCUCAGGAGAAUAUCACUGUCGAGAAGUAAAAUUGCAGAUCUAUGCCAUACUUUCAUCAAAGAUGGAGCGAGAAUACUGACGCAUGCCUACUCCAGAGUGGUCCUGCGGGUGCUGGAAGCAGCUGUGGCUGCCAAGAAGCGAUUCAGUGUGUACAUUACAGAGUCACAGCCCGACCUAUCUGGUAAGAAAAUGGCCAAAGCCCUCUGCCACCUCAACGUCCCUGUUACCGUGGUGCUGGAUGCCGCUGUGGGCUACAUCAUGGAGAAAGCAGAUCUAGUCAUAGUCGGUGCAGAAGGGGUCGUUGAAAACGGAGGAAUAAUUAAUAAGAUUGGAACCAACCAGAUGGCUGUAUGCGCCAAAGCACAGAACAAGCCCUUUUAUGUGGUUGCGGAAAGUUUCAAGUUUGUGCGGCUCUUCCCGUUAAACCAGCAAGAUGUCCCGGAUAAGUUUAAGUACAAGGCGGCUACUCUCAAGUCUGUACAGGAUGGGCAGGACCUGAAGGAGGAGCACCCGUGGGUAGACUACACAUCCCCUUCCCUCAUCACCCUGCUCUUCACGGACCUGGGCGUGCUGACCCCCUCUGCGGUCAGUGACGAGCUCAUCAAGCUCUACCUGUAACCACCGGGGUCCCCUUCAGUGCCACAUCAAGGGGCCAGCCAGGCCAAGACAGAAUUGUACUUGAAAGCUUCAUGGACUAAGAAUUGAAAUCCCAAGUCCUGGAGAAUCUCUUCACUCAUCUAGGUUUAAAAGCAAACCAAAAUGUGCAUCUGGUUUUCCAGAACUUGCUCGCUUUGUUUCCAGGAAUGCACAUUGUGUAAGGGCAUGGCAUUUAUUGGAGACAUGGCAUCCGCCUCCCUCUGCUCCUGAGUGCUAUCUGACUGGAGAUUUUGUUCAGUGAGUGAAGCAGGGUUCUGACUACGCCACACCCGGCACUAAGGGACACCAUGCACCUUGCUGUACUCACUGCCUUUGCCUGUGGCCAGCAGGGGCAGCAAUAGGCUUCAUGCUGAGCAGUACUGAGAACACAGGCAGCGGCGGAGCAGCCCUGUGCAGCACUUACCAAUCUUCCCCAUAUUUGUUUAAGUUCCAAACGGACUUUUUAAAAUUUUACUUGGUGACAAAUUCAACAUCUUUUCAAAUAAAUUAUGAGUUUUGAAGCCAUAUCGCAUCGGUGCUGAAAGUGGACCUCAGGCCAGACACUGGCUCUGAAGGGAGCACACAGCUGCACAGGUAAGCUGGACGAAAAGGCUCAGACUCCUCCUGUACCUUCAGACUCCACAGUGUACCUUCUGGUUCUCAGCUGUUGCUAAUAAUAUGAGGGCUGGACAUGGCAGUGUACUCCUGUAAUCCUAACUUCAACACAGAGGCAGAGGCAGGAGGGCAGUACUUGGGGCCAGCCUGGUCUCAUGCCAGUACAUCAGCCAACUGUACUCCAUUUGGGGUAGCAAAUACAAAGGUAGCCCAGGAGAUGGGAACACAGAUGAAGAUGCGAAGAAGGGCAGGUUCCUAGAACUCCUUAGAACUUUAAAAUGCCAAAGCCAGGUACAUGUCAAUACCUUUACAUUUAAAAUAAAUAAAAUACUCUCAGAAGACUAGUGGGCCGAUCAGAAUAAGACACCAGCGGCUAUGUGUGCACCAAGCACUUCAGGACAGUCUUAGCAGUGUCACAACAGAGCAGGGCCUGUUUCCCCUUGGGGGUCCCUGACCUGAUCUACAUGUGGUGGGACAAAGA